AUGGCGCUCGCGCGCGCGUCCGCGCCCGCGCGUGCGCGCCCGCGAUCGCGCGCGCGCGCCCGAGGGACCCCACGCGCGCGUGGGACGCGCCGGGACGACCUCCUGGAGCUCCAACGCGCGUUUGAAUUCGUCGACCAAGCGACGGGGACGCGCGUGCGACGAGCGCGCGACGACGACGUCCGCGCGUGCGUGGACGUCAUCGUCGACGCGUUCUCGGAGACGGAGGAUGCGAAACCGCGGGCGUACGUCCUGCGGUACGUCAUCGGGUUGACGUCGAGGGAAGAUCCGGAGGAGGUCGCGCUCGCGGCGACGGACGGGACGAGCGGAGAGGUGAUUGGAUUCAUCACGGUGUCCAUCACGUCGAGAACGAGACCGGUGGAGGGUGAUUCGAGGAUGGCGCCGCCGUCGGACGCGGCGUACGUGGGGAACGCGUGCGUGCGGCGAGAUCGAAGACGACGCGGGACGGGACGGGCGCUCGUGCGGGCGGCGGAGCGGUUGACGACGGAGAUGGGGGGGUGCGAUUGUUGGUUACACGUUCGAGCGGGUGAGGAUGCGGCGGUUGGAUUGUAUCGAGAGAGUGGAUACGUCGAGGUGGAGAGGGAGCGGGUGUUUAGAUUGGCGGGGUUGUUCGGGGGGAAGGCGCCGUCGCCGCGCGUGUUGAUGCGAAAAGAGUUGCGCUCGGACGGGUCGUGUAAUUUUAUGCUCUGA